UGCAUUUCGUAAACAAAAAUAAAUGUUUAUAAAAUAAUAAUGUCGGUACACUGUAGAACUUGUGGAGAACCUAUUUACAAUCUCAACCCCAGAAAUCUCUUCAGUCAUGAGAACAAAGAUAUUCGCAAAAACAUCGAAGCAAUUACAGGAAUAAAAUUAUCUUAUCACUCGCAUCUACCGAGCCAUGUGUGUUCCUGUUGUUAUUUGGACUUGAACCAUUCUAUGGCAUUUCGGCAACGCUGUGUGGUGACACACAAGCAUUUCAUGAGCUUAAAACAAUCAGAUUUCGCUGAAAACAACUUAAUUUCCAAACAAUCUCUGCUGGCCAUUGAUCCAUUGUUUGAUUAUGAUCUUAGUACUGAAGAAGAUGCGAUCAUUGAAUCCAAGUACACGACUGACUACCCCCCAACUACCAAUGUAUCAAUGUCCCAUAAGAAACUUGUCCAAAAUACCCAAAGCCAUCUUUCGCCUCGAGUACGUAUUAUGCGUUGUCGUCAUCCAAGUGAAGCUCUCGAAAAACCAAUUCGUCCGACAACAAAUCCUGCGGCACCUUCAAUCAUUUCAAGGUCGACAAGAAAAGUAAUUAGAAAGUUGCCUGAUGAAAUGCGAAAUGUCAAGAAAAAUAAGCCGCGUAUUGCGCCACUGGAGAAGAAAUUCGUUUGCGACCAAUGUGGCUGGUCUUUCCGUGAUCUGAGCAAUAUGAAGGAUCAUGCAGUGCGCCAUUCGGGCGUCAAAAACUUUGAAUGUGAAGAAUGUGGCUGUAAAUUCUUCACGCGACCCCUGCUCAUGCUCCACGUGCGUGUCCACCACAAAGGCGAGAAGCCCUUCGUAUGCAAAUAUUGCGGAAUGGCCUUUCGUAACAGUCCCAGUCGGUGCCGGCACGAACGGAAAUACCAUGCAAAGGAAUUACCCUUCGUGUGCAAUCUUUGUAGCAGGACGUUUAUUAGUAAAAUUAGCUUGGAAAAGCACAGAGAGGCUCAUGAUUUGGGAGAGAAAAUCUAUCGCUGCGAAACGUGCAAGAAGACUUUUAAGGGAGCCAUAUUUUUAAAAAAUCAUUACACUACAAAGUUUCAUCAGAGGAGAGUUAAUGAAAUGAUUAAAUAUGACUUGGAGACAGCUGAUAUAACAACGGUCACCGAUGGCGAUGUUAAUUUUGAUUUUUCAGAUUCUAUUAUUGAAGAGAUUGAAAAUUAAACAGGUGACCUUAUUUUAAAACCAAAGGCGAUUAAUUUCCAGAAAA